AUGCCUCCUAAAAAGCAAGCAGCGGCCUCUGCUGAUGCGCCUGCGCCAUCCUCCGGCGACGCGCCUGUGGAGGAGGAAGUCGAAGCUAAAUCAGAUGCUGCAGCGGUGCGUAAACUUACAACUCAUCCAUCCACAUUCAUUAUGGUGAAAGAGGCGCUCAUCGAGCUGGACUCGCGCAAAGGGGUCUCCUCCAAAGCCAUACAGAAUUACAUCAAACAGAAAUACCCCUCCGUGGAUUUGGUGAGGUUGAAGCACUUUGUGCGCAGAGCCCUGAAGAAGGGGAUCGAGACUGGCACGCUGGUGCGUCCUGCCAACUCCAGUGUCGCCACAGGGGCGAUGGGUAAAUUCAGGAUUGCACCCAAAUUUAAGCUGACAAAGUCGAAAACUGAGAAUACGGAUCCUAAUGUGCAGAAGGCUCCAAAACCAGCCAAAGAUGCAGCCAAGAAGAAAUCCCCAAAAGCAGGGGCCACAAAAAAGAAAGCUGUCGCCAAAGCACCCGCAAAGGAACCCGUCGAGGAACCUGCCAAGUCAAAGGAGGACACCAAACCUCCAAAAAAGUCGAAGGAUGAAGAUGCUGCUGACACCACAAAGCCUGCUCCAGCAAAGAAGCCAAAGGCUAAAAAAGCUGUCGAGAAGGAGGAUGUCAAGGAAGACUCGGAUUCAACCAAAACAAAGGCGGUAAAGAACACAAAGGGCGCCAAGGAGGCAAAGGCAGUAAAGGUGUCUAAGAGCAAGGCGGCUGAAACGAUCAGCGACGCCCCAGCCCCCAGAGUGACCGGGAAACGAGGGAGGAAGGCUGCAGAAUAA